AUGUAUAUAACGGCCGUCGCGACUCACAUAGUGCCCAUUGCGGCUUUGGUUCUGUGCGCGGAUUGUGACGAAGCGAACACCCAUCUCUUCCCGUCUACAGCACGCACGUAUAUAGUGCCUCCUGCCAAGUUCUGUUGGUCCCUUCGUGUCGUCGUGAUCGCCCACCUUGUUCUGUGCCGGGUGCUUUCGUCCGCACUCGCGAUCCUAUACUUGGCCGAGAUUCGUGGCUUGAAUGAAGGAGGGGUGCUGAGUGGACUCCCAAACUAUCGUCGCGCUAGCGAUCCCCCAGAUUGUACAUAG